AUGGCUGAGGGUGGAGAAGGGGAAGAUGAGAUCCAAUUCUUGAGAACAGACGAUGAGGUGGUGCUCCAGAGUGUGGCCAGCAUUGAGAAGGAGCAUCAAAAGUUCUGCCUGGCCGCGGAGGGCCUGGGAAACCGGCUCGGCUACCUCGAGUCCACCUCCGAGGCCAAACAUGUUCCUCCGGACCUGUGCGUCUGCAACUUUGUGCUGGAACAGUCUCUGUCUGUGAGGGCUCUGCAGGAGAUGCUGGCCAACACAUCAUCCAGCAGCGAAGGGAAUGCUGAUCAUGAAAAAUGGGCUGGACAAGGAGGCGGUCACCGGACCCUCCUGUACGGUCAUGCCAUCCUCCUGAGGCACUCCUUCAGUGCGAUGUAUUUGACCUGUUUGAAGACAUCUCGCUCGUUAUCAGACAAACUGUCGUUCGAUGUGGGACUACAGGAAGAAUCCACUGGUGAGGCUUGCUGGUGGACCAUUCACCCCGCCUCCAAACAGCGGUCAGAGGGAGAGAAAGUCCGGAUUGGAGACGAUCUGAUCCUUGUGAGCGUCUCCACAGCAAGAUAUCUGCAUCUCUCCGUCGCCAUGGGAAACUUCCAGGUGGACGCCUCCUUCAUGCAGACGCUGUGGAAUGUGCAGCCCACCUGCUCCUCAGCCAGCAUGGCUGUAGGUUUUUUGAUUGGUGGCCAUGUUAUGAGACUCUGUCAUGGACACGAUGAGAGUUUGACAAUCCCAGGAGCCGACAAGAGCGAGGACGAGCAGAGGAUAGUGAACUAUGAAGCAGGGAAAGGAGCGUCUAGGGCGCGGUCGCUGUGGAGACUGGAGCCUUUGAGGAUCAGCUGGAGCGGAAGUCAUAUCCGAUGGGGGCAGCCGUUCCGACUCCGCCAUCUGGCCACAGGGUAUUACCUGGGCCUGACUGAAGACAAGGGGCUGGUUCUUCAGGACAGAGAGAAGUCGGACACCUCUGCCACGGCCUUCUGCUUGAAACCCUCUAAAGAGAAGGGGGACAUGGGCCCAAAGAGGGACAUCGACGGCAUGGGCACGCCUGAGAUCAAGUAUGGAGACUCCAUGUGUUUCGUCAUGCACAUGGCAACAGGACUGUGGCUGUCCUACCAGGCCCCCGACGCUAAAGCCUCCCGCCUCGGCCCUUUGAAGAGAAGGGCCUGCUUACACUCUGAGGGCCACAUGGACGAUGGGUUGAUUCUCCAACGCUGUCAGCAUGAGGAGUCUCGAGCUGCACGCAUCAUCCGCAACACCACCUUCCUCUUCAGCAACUUCAUAAAGGCCUUGGACGCUACCAAAGAGGGCGACACGCAGGUGGCGGUAUACAUAGAGGAGGUGCUCCAAACCCUCAACGACCUGAUCGAGUACUUCAAGCAGCCGGAUCUGGAGCUGGAGCACGAGGAGAAACAAACCCUCCUACGGUCACUCAUUAAACGCCAAGACCUUUUCAAAGAAGAGGGUAUGCUGGCUCUCUUGGUCAAAUGCAUUGACCGAAUGAAUGUUUACAACAAUGCUGCGCAUUUUGGAGAAGUCGCUGGAGAAGAGGCUGGUGCAGCGUGGAAGGAUAUUUGUAACCUUCUUUAUGAACUUUUGGCUGCCUUAAUUCGUGGCAACAGGACCAACUGCACCCAGUUCUCUAAGAACCUGGACUGGCUCAUUAGUAAACUUGAGAGGCUGGAGUCUUCGUCCGGAAUCCUGGAAGUCCUCCACUGUAUCCUGGUGUUGAGUCCAGAGGCUCUGAACAUCAUCCAAAAAAGCCACAUCAAGUCAAUUAUUUCUCUGCUCUACAAAAAUGGACGGAAUCACAAGAUUCUGGACGUGCUGUGCUCUCUCUGCGUCUGUAAUGGCGUCGCAGUGAGAGCCAAUCAGAACCUGAUCUGUGACCACCUGCUCCCGAAGAGGGACAUGCUGCUUCAGACCAAACUGGUGAAUGAUGUCCAAAGCAUGAGGCCAAACAUUUUCCUGGGCGUGGCCGAGGGUUCUGCACAGUAUAAGAAGUGGUAUUUUGAGCUGGUGAUUGACCAGGUGGACCACUUUGUCACCGGAGAGCCCACUCAUCUGAGGGUGGGCUGGGCCAACUCUAAAGGCUACGCCCCGUACCCCGGUGGAGGAGAAGGGUGGGGGGGCAAUGGUGUGGGGGACGACCUGUAUUCCUACAGCUUUGACGGGCUUCAUCUAUGGUCAGGCCGAAUCCCCCGAGCUGUGGCCUCCAUAAACCAGCACCUGCUGAACUCAGACGAUGUGGUCAGCUGCUGCCUGGACCUGGGCACUCCCUCCAUGUCCUUCAGGAUCAACGGGCAGCCGGUGCAGGGCAUGUUCGAGGACUUCAACACCGACGGCUUCUUCUUCCCUGUUGUCAGUUUCUCUGCUGGGGUCAAGGUCCGAUUCCUGUUAGGUGGCCGUCAUGGAGACUUUAAGUUCCUGCCUCCCGCUGGUUAUUCUCCUUGUUAUGAAGCUCUUCUACCGAAAGAGAAGAUGCAUGUGGAGCCAGUGAAGGAGUACAAGAGGGACGUCGAAGGAGUCCGAGACCUGCUGGGGACAACCAAGUUCCUCUCCCAGGCCUCGUUCAUCCCCACGCCUGUCGACACUACUCAGGUGGUGGUUCCUCCUCUGCUGGACAACGUCAGAGAUAAAUUGGCAGAAAACAUCCAUGAAUUGUGGGCUAUGAACAAAAUCGAGUUGGGCUGGACCUUUGGGAAGGUAGUGGGAGGAGGCAGGGAGUGGAGCUGGAGUGGAGCUGGAGUGGAGCUGGAGUGGAGCUGGAGUGGAGCUGGAGUGGAGCUGGAGUGGAGCUGGAGUGGAGCUGGAGUGGAGCUGGAGUGGAGCUGGAGUGGAGCUGGAGUGGAGCUGGAGUGGAGCUGGAGUGGAGCUGGGGUGGAGCUGGGGUGGAGCUGGGGUGGAGCUGGAGUGGAGCUGGAGUGGAGCUGGAGUGGAGCUGGAGUGGAGCUGGAGUGGAGCUGGGGUGGAGCUGGGGUGGAGCUGGGGUGGAGCUGGGGUGGAGCUGGGGUGGAGCUGGGGUGGAGCUGGGGUGGAGCUGGAGUGGAUAGAGACUUGGUUCGGGAUGACAACAAGAGGCAGCACCCGUGUCUCGUGGACUUCUCCAAACUGCCCGAAACAGAAAGAAACUACAAUUUGCAGAUGUCCAGUGAGACUCUAAAAACCCUGUUGGCGUUGGGCUGCCAUGUGGCUCAGGCCAACGUUCACGCUGAAGACGAUCUGAAGAAAAUUAAACUUCCGAAAGACUACAUGAUGUCUAACGGAUACAAGCCCGCGCCACUAGAGCUGUCUGACAUCAAGCUGAAAGCAGGUCAGGGGUUUCUGGUUGAUAAACUGGCCGAGAACGCACACAAUGUGUGGGCCAAAGACAGGAUCAAACAGGGAUGGACCUAUGGCAUCCAGCAGGAUCUGAAGAGUCGGCGGAAUCCCCGUCUGGUGCCGUAUGCUUUAUUGGACGAACGAACAAAGAAGUCAAACCGCGACAGUUUGCGAGAGGCCAUCCGUACACUGGUUGGAUACGGAUACGACAUCCAUCCUCCAGACCAAGAGACUGUUCACAGUGACGGUGACCAGAGCAUUGAGACCAUCCGCUUAUUCCGUGUGGAACAAACGUAUUCGGUGAAAACGGGGAAGUGGUACUUUGAGUUUGAGGCCAUCACUGGAGGAGACAUGAGAGUGGGCUGGGCCCGACCGGGCUGCCGGCCAGACGUGGAGCUCGGGAUCGACGACCAGGCCUUUGUGUUUGAUGGCUAUAAGGGUCGGCGUAUGCACGCUGGCAGCCGGUACUUCGGCCAACCAUGGAAGAAGGGAGAUGUAGUUGGCUGCAUGAUAAAUAUGGAGGACAAGUCCAUGAUUUUCACAUUGAAUGGAGAAUUGUUGAUCACCGGCAAAGGCUCUGAGCUCUGCUUUGCCGACUUUGAGACUGAAGAUGGGUUCAUUCCCGUGUGCAGCAUGGGGCAGUCUCAGAUUGGCCGCAUGAACCUGGGCAAAGACGCCAGCACGCUGCAGUACUACACCAUGUACGGCCUGCAAGAGGGAUUUCAACCCUUCGCCGUCAACAUGAACCGUGACAUCACCAUGUGGUUCAGCAAACGUCUGCCCACCUUCGUCAAUGUGCCCCCACAACACAAGCACGUAGAGGUGACGAGGAUUGACGGCACAGUAGACAGUCCUCCGUGUCUCAAAGUCACACAUAAGACGUUCGGUACCCAGAACAGUAACUCGGACAUGGUGUUCUGCAGACUCAGCAUUCCUGUGGAGUUCUACUCUACAGACAUGAUCUUGGACGAGUCACACAAACUCAGUCAUCCGCCGAAAGAAGAUGGGACAGUGGAUUAUGGGAGCAUCACCACGUAUUACCACUCGGUCAGAGUUUUUGCCGGUCAGGACCCGGCCUCUGUGUGGGUCGGAUGGGUUUCUCCAGAUUAUCAUUACUACAGCAAGAACUUUGCUCUCAGCAAAACACGCACCGUCACCGUGACUCUGGGAGACGAGCGUGGACGUGUCCAUGAAAGUGUCCAGAGGAGUAAUUGUUACAUGGUGUGUGGAACGGAUGUGGAGGGACAGUCAUCAAACUCUGACCUGGAGAUCGGCUGCUUCAUCGACUUGGCGUCUGGCCUGGUGACAUUUAUGGCCAAUGGAAAGGAGCUUCCCACUACAUAUCAGGUUGAACCAAACACGAAGCUGUUCCCAGCUGUAUUUGUGCGACCCACGAGUCCAAACCUCUUCCAGUUUGAGUUUGUCAAGAUCAAGGAAGCCAUGCCUUUGUCGUCGGCCAUGUUCAAGAGCGAGCGCAGGAACCCGGUGCCUCAGUGUCCUCCGCGCCUGGACGUUCAGACCAUCGUGUCCGUGCUCUGGAGCCGCAUGCCCAACACCUUCCUGAACGUGGAGACCGCGCGGGUCAGCGAGCGCCACGGCUGGGUCGUCCAAUGUCUAGAGCCUCUGCAGAUGAUGGCAGUGCACAUCCCAGAGGAGAACAGGUGUUUGGAUGUGUUGGAGCUGUCUGAGCUUGAGGACCUGAGGAAGUUUCAUUACCACACCCUCAAGCUGUACUGUGCCCUGUGUGCCCUGGGGAACACCCGUGUGGCCCACGCCCUCUGCAGCCACCUGGACCAAUCACAGCUGCUCUACACCAUCGAUAACCAGUACCUCUCCGGAAUGCUCCGAGAGGGCUUCUACAACGUUCUGAUGAGCAUCCAUCUGGAAACAGCAAAGGAGGCUCGUCUAAUGAUGAACAAUGAGUUCAUUAUCCCCGUCACCGACGAAACCCGUUCCAUCAGGCUGUUCCCAGACGAAUCCAAACAGCAUUCUCUUCCCGGCGUCGGCCUCAGCACCUCUCUUAAACCACGGGUGAACUUCUCCCCAGUGGGCAUCCUCACCACCACCAAGCACCAGUUCCUCUACAGCCCCCAGAUCCCUCUCGGCAUCCUGAAGGAGAAGGCCAUCAGCAUGCUCACCGAGGCCGUGCAUGCAGGGGGGGCGCACAUCCGCGACCCCGUGGGAGGAAGCGUGGAGUACCAGUUUGUCCCCAUCCUCAAACUCAUCGCAACGCUGCUGAUCAUGGGCGUUCUGACCAGCGACGAGGUCCAGCUCAUCCUGCUUCUGAUCGACCCAAACGUGUUCGGGGAGGGGAAGGAGGAGGAGGCCAAAGGGGUCGAGGUGGCUGUGGCUGCGGAGAAGGAGGACACCAGUAAGAAUGAAGAGAAAGCUGUGGAGGCUGGAGAGGAGGAGAACAGAGACGGCAAAGCACCGGUCAGAGGGCUGCUGGAGAAGUCUCUGCCCGAGUCGGUCAAACGCCAGAUGUGUGAGCUGCUGCACUACUUCUGCGACUGUGAGCUCAAACAGCGCAUUGAGGCCAUCGUCUCCUUCUCGGAUCGGUUUGUGUCUAAGCUACAGUUCAACCAGAAGUUCCGCUACAAUGAGCUGAUGCAGGCGUUCACCAUGUCCGCUGCCGUCACCGCCAAAAAGACCAAAGAGUUCCGCUCUCCUCCACACGAGCAGAUCAACAUCCUGUUGAACUUCAGUGCAGGGGAAGACUGCCCCUGUCCCGAGGAGAUCCAAGAGGAACUCAACGCCUUCCACCAGGAACUGCGACUGCACUGCGGAAUUCCUGCUGAGGAGGAAGAAGAGGAGCCAGACACAUCGAUAAAAGGACGUCUUCUUGCUUUGUUGUACAAGAUAAAGGGCCCACCUCAGAAACAAGAGGAAGAUGCCUCAGAGAAAGAGCAGGCUGCUCCAACCAACCUGAAGGAGCUGAUCUCCCAGACCAUCUCCAGCUGGGCUCAGAACUCUCACGUCCAGGACCCGGAGCUGGUCAGGGUGAUGUUUAGCCUCCUGCGGAGACAGUACGACGGCAUCGGAGAGCUGCUGCGCGCCAUGAAGAAGUCCUACACCAUCAGCGCCGCCUCCGUGCAAGACGCCAUCAACCUCCUGGUGUCUCUGGGCCAGAUCCGGUCCCUGCUGUCUGUGCGCAUGGGCACCGAGGAGGAGAAACUCAUGAUUGAUGGGCUUGGAGAUAUUAUGAACAAUAAAGUUUUCUAUCAACACCCAAACUUGAUGAGGGUCCUCGGCAUGCACGAGACGGUCAUGGAUGUUAUGGUCAAUGUGUUGGGAGGAGACAAGUCCCAGGAAAUUGCCUUCCCCAAAAUGGUGGCCAGCUGCUGCCGCUUCUUGUGCUACUUCUGCCGGAUCAGUCGUCAGAAUCAGAAAGCCAUGUUUGACCAUCUGAGCUAUUUGUUGGAGAACAGCAGCGUGGGCCUGGCUUCUGAAGCGAUGCGAGGGUCCACUCCCCUGGAUGUUGCGGCAUCGUCUGUCAUGGACAAUAACGGACUGGCUUUGGCUUUAGAGGAACCGGACCUGGAGAAGGUGGUGACAUACCUGGCAGCCUGCGGGUUGCAGAGUUGUGCCAUCCUGGUCGCCAAGGGUUACCCAGAUCUGGGCUGGAACCCCAUCGAGGGAGAGCGAUACCUGUUGUUCUUGAGGUUUGCCGUUUUCUGCAACGGUGAAAGUGUGGAGGAGAAUGCUAACGUGGUGGUGAAGCUGCUGAUCCGGCGCCCGGAGUGUUUUGGACCCGCCCUGAGGGGAGAGGGAGGCCAAGGGCUGCUGGCUGCAAUGAAAGAAGCCAUAUCCAUCUCUGAGAACCCAGCCCUGGAUCUCCCUCCGGCUGCAGCCACCGCUGGGAGUGGCGAGGAGGAGGGUGAAGUGAUCCACAUGGGGAACGCCAUCAUGUCCUUCUACUCUGCCCUCAUCGACCUGCUGGGACGCUGCGCUCCGGAGAUGCAUUUGAUCAAUGCUGGUAAAGGUGAAGCUUUGCGAAUCCGGGCGAUCCUGCGCUCGCUGGUGCCGACCUCAGACCUGGUGGGAAUCAUCAGCAUCCCCCUGAACAUGCCAGUGGUCAACAAAGAUGGUUCCGUGACGGAGCCGGACAUGUCGGCCUGCUUCUGCCCGGACCACAAGGCCCCCAUGGUGCUGUUCCUCGACAGAGUGUACGGUAUUGAGGACCAGGCCUUCCUGCUGCAGCUGCUGGAGGUUGGCUUCCUGCCUGACCUCAAAGCCUCUGCUUCUCUGGACACGGAGGUGUUGAGCACCACAGAGACGGCCUUGGCCAUGAACCGGUACAUCGGGUCGGCGCUGCUGCCCCUGCUGACCCGCUGUGCAGCUCUGUUUGCCAACACAGAGCACUACGCCCAACUGGUGGACUCCACUCUCCAGACCAUCUACCGUCUGUCCAAGGGCCGCUCCCUCACCAAAGCCCAGAGGGACUCCAUCGAGGAGUGUCUGCUGGCCAUAUGCAAGCAUCUGCGUCCGUCUAUGAUGCAGCAGCUCCUGAGGCGUCUUGUGUUUGACGUCCCUAUGCUCUCAGAUUACUGCCAAAUGCCUCUAAAGCUGUUAGCCAACCACUAUGAGCAAAACUGGAAGUAUUACUGCCUCCCGUCUGGGAUGGGCAGCUUCGGGAUGGCCUCUGAAGAGGAGCUGCUUCUGACAAAGAAACUGUUUUGGGGGAUUUUUGACUCCCUUUCUCAAAAGAAGUAUGAUGUAGAACUGUUCAAAAUGGCCAACUCCUGCCUGAGUGCGAUCGCCGGAGCGUUGCCUCCAGACUUUGUGGACGCCACUCUUGGGGCUGCACUUGAAAAACAGGCCUCUGUGGAUGCACAGGGAAACUUUGACCCCAAACCCAUAAACACUGCCAACAUCUCCCUUCCUGAUAAACUUGAGCACAUUGCCAACAAAUAUGCAGAGCAUUCCCAUGACAAGUGGUCCUCAGAUAAGGUGGCCGCCGGCUGGAAACUCGGAGACAGCAUCGAUGAUAAAGUCAAAACACAUCCUCUGCUCAAGCCUUUUAAGUCUCUGAGUGAGAAGGAGCGGGAGACCUACCGCUGGCCAGUGAAGGAGUCUCUGAAGAGCAUGCUCACAAUGGGCUGGAAUAUUGAAUGGACCAAGGAAGGAGAGGCCACGUUCCAACAGCGCGAAAGUGAGAAGAAGACAGAGGUUGAUGGAUUCAGUCCUGCUCCAGUGGACCUGCACAAUGUCACGUUGUCAAGAGAGCUUCAGGGCAUGGUGGAAGUAGUUGCUGAAAACUACCACAACAUUUGGGCUAAAAAGAAAAAGAUGGAGCUCACAAGCAAAGGAGGAGGGUCCCACCCACUGCUGGUUCCCUAUGACACCCUGACGGCUAAAGAGAAACAGCGAGACCGAGAGAAAGCCCAAGAGCUCUUUAAGUUCCUACAGAUCAGCGGAUGUGCUAUUGCGAGAGGAGUGAAAGAUAUGGAGCAGGACUCGUCGUUGAUGGAAAAGCGCCAUGCAUUCAAAUUUGUCAAAACAAUGCUUAAAUACGUGGACUCAGCACAAGAGUUCAUCGCCCAUCUCGAGGCGAUGGCGACCAGUGGGAAGACCGACAAAUCUCCCCACGACCAAGAAAUCAAGUUUUUUGCAAAGGUGCUGCUUCCACUCUUAGAUCAAGCCUUUAAAAACCACUUCCUGUAUUUCCUGUCCACGCCCAACAUGGCUCUGAGCAGCUGUGGAUGUGCGUCUUAUAAAGAGAAGGAGAUGGUCACCAGCCUGUUCUGUAAGCUUGCAGCUCUUGUCAGACACAGGAUUUCUCUCUUUGGAAGUGACUCUGCGAUCAUGGUCAGCUGUCUGGACAUUCUGGCUCAUUCACUGGACACGCGAACGGUGAUGAAGUCGGGGUCGGAGCUCGUCAAAGCCGGGUUUCGUGCGUUCUUUGAAAAUGCAGCGGAGGACCUGGAGAAGCUGCUGGAGAUGCUGAAACUGGGGAAGUUCUUACAAUCUCGAGCCCAAAUGAAGAGUGUCAGCCAGAGCAUCAACUACGUGACUGUGGCCCUUCUGCCCACGCUGGUCGCCAUCUUUGAACACAUCACCACUUAUGGCUUCGCUGAAGAUCUCCUCUUGAAUGAUGUGCAGUUGUCUUGUUAUCGCAUCCUCACGUGUCUGUACUCUCUGGGAACAGGAAAAAACAUCUUCAUGGAACGACAUCUGCCUGCUCUUGGAGAAUGCCUGGCAACCCUCGUGGGAGCUCUACCUGUCGCCUUUUUAGAACCUCCUCUGAACGCGUACAACCCACUGUCCGUGUUCAACACCAAGACUCCCCGAGAGCGGGCCAUCCUCAGCAUGCCCGACACGGUGGAUGAGAUGUGUCCUGAAAUGCCGACUCUUGACAAACUGCUGAAGGAUGUGAACGACAUCUCUGAGUCCGGCGCACGCUACAGCGACAUGCCGCAGGUCAUUGAGGUGAUCCUGCCCAUGCUUUGUAAUUACCUCUCGUACUGGUGGGAGAGAGGCCCAGAGAACUGUCCUGCAGACUCCAACUGCUGCACAGUGGUGACCUCUGACCACCUCAGCAUCAUCAUGGGGAACAUCCUCCGCAUCCUCAACAACAACCUGGGCACCGAGGAUGCUCCCUGGAUGAAGAGAAUCGCAGUUUAUUCACAGCCGAUCAUCUGUAAAUCUGGAGCUGACCUUCUCCGCAGUCAUUUUCUGCCGACUGUGGACAAACUCCGGAAGAAGACGAUAAAGGUUGCCGCUGAAGAGGAGCUGUUGAAGGCCGAUAGCAAAGGAGACAACCAGGAGGCUGAGCUGCUCAUUCUGGACGAGUUUGCGGUCCUCUGCAGAGACCUGUACGCGUUCUACCCCAUGCUCAUCCGUUAUGUGGACAACAGCAGGUCUCAGUGGCUGAAAGAACCAGAUGAAAGCUCCACUGAGCUUUUCCAGAUGGUUGCGGAGAUCUUCAUCCUUUGGUGCAAGUCGAAUAACUUCAAGCGGGAAGAGCAGAACUUUGUGGUGCAAAACGAGAUCAACAACUUGGGAUUCCUCACCGGAGAAGGCAAAGCUAAGAUGUCAAAGUCAGGUGGGGACCAGGAGAGGAAACACAAGCGGAGACGAGGGGAGUACUACACCAUACAGACGUCACUCAUCGUGGCGGCUCUGAAGAAGAUGCUCCCGAUCGGUUUAAACCUCUGCACCCCAGGAGACCAGGAACUCAUCUCAUUCGCAAAGUCACGCUACAGUCUGAAAGAUACUGACGACGAGGUGAAAGACCAGCUGCGUCAGAAUCUUCAUCUCCAGGUCAAGUCUGAAGACCCGGCGGUCCAGUGGCAGCUGAACCUGUACAAAGACGUGGUGAAGAGCGAUGAACCAGCGAACUCAGAGCAGACUGUGGACCGCGUGCAAAGCAUCUCUGCUGCUGUGUUCCAUCUGGAGCAGGUGGAGCAGCCGUUACGAAAUAAGAAGUGUGUCUGGCACAAGCUGUUGUCCAAACAACGCAAACGUGCAGUGGUGGCGUGUUUCCGGAUGGCGCCGCUGUACAACCUCCCACGGCAUCGUGCUAUCAACUUCUUCAUCCCGGCCUAUCAGAGACUUUGGAUAGAGACAGAGGAGUACUCCUUUGAGGAGAAACUAGUUCAGGAUUUGGCAAAAACCCGGAUGAAGAUGGUGGAGGAGGAGGAAGAAGCUGAGGCUGAGGAUCAGCCUGAUCCUCUCCAGCAGCUCAUCCUCCACUUCAGCCACAACGCUCUGACAGAGAGAAGUCAUUUGGAAGAAGACCCUUUGUAUAUUGCAUACGCAGACAUGAUGGCAAAGAGCUGUGCAGAGGACGAAGAGGAGGAGGAGGAAGAAGGAAAAGAAAAGACGUUUGAGGUUUGA